AUGGGGCACACAGGAACUGAGAAACCCACAUCAACCCCAACAGCUAAAGCAAGGCUUUGCUAUUCAGGUUCCAAGCAACAUUUUAACCUUCCAAGAGGGCUCAUUGGUCAUAAGUGCACUGCUAACAUCACCAUCUCUGGCGUGCAUUGUAACAGCUUGCUUGACACUGGCUCUCAGGUGACCACAGUCUCUUUGUCAUUCUACCGAGACCACUUGUCUCACCAGCCCAUUCAGCCCAUGAAUCAUCUCCUUGAAGUUGAGGGAGCUAACGGACAGUCUGUUCCAUACUUAGGGUAUGUAGAACUGAAGAUAGCUUUCCCCAAGGAGUUCAUUGAGUCUGAGCCUGAAAUAGUCACCCUCGCUUUAGUCAUCCCUGACAUCCGCUCCAGCAGUGACAUACCUGUUCUGGUUGGCACUAACACCCUUGACAUGCUUUAUGAUGAGCAUUGUGACCACAACACGACCAGCUUGACUUCACCAUUGCCUGUAUACUCACAAAUCCUGAAAAUGCUGGCACUUCGAAAAGAACAGCGAACAAGUGGACACCAUGGCAUACUCACAAUGAGAGAGAAACAGCCUAGAGUCAUUCCGGCUGGAUGGAAAGUCCCACUGGAGGGUCACGUGAGCACCAGCAACAUCACCGCUGAACAUUGUGCCCUGAUUGAACAGCCAACCACGUCAGCCCUUCCAGGUGGAAUUUUUGUGGACACUUGCCUUGUCACUUUGCCAUCACAGCACCCUCAUAAGCUCCCUGUUUGGGUCCGGAAUGAAACAGAGCACGACAUCACCCUGCCUGCCAAUUGUGUCAUUGCUGAGCUGACCAUUCCCCAUGACAUUAUUUCAAGUCCCUCUCUGGAAUCCAAGCCAUCUGAGAGAGUCAAGUGUUGUCAGCUGUCCUACCAGCAGCCACGUUCAGCUGAAACACCUGACUUGACAUUUGACUUUGGCGAUUCUCCACUACCAGAGUCUUGGAAGAACAGAGUCACUCACAAACUGAAUCAGUUCUCUGAUAUUUUUGCCCACCACGAAUUAGAUUAUGGCCAGGCCACAAGAGUCAAACACCACAUCAAACUCAAAGAUGAGACACCAUUCAAACAGCGUUCAAGACCAAUCCACCCACAAGACUAUGAAGCUGUACGAAAUCACCUCCGGACACUCCUUGAAGCUGGAAUCAUACGUGAGUCUGAGUCUCCAUACUCAUCCCCCAUCGUAGUAGUCCGGAAGAAGAGUGGUGAUGUCAGGCUGUGCGUUGAUUACAGGAAACUGAACAACCAAACCAUCAAAGAUGCGUAUGCACUGCCAAAUGUGGAGGAAACCUUUUCUGCUCUCUCUGGAUCCCAAUGAUUGAGAUGGAAGAGUCUGACAAGCCCAAAACCGCUUUUGUCUGCCCAUUGGGAUUUUACGAGUUCAAUCGUUUGCCACAAGGGAUAACCAACGCCCCCUCCACCUUCCAACGGCUGAUCUGAUCAUCUUCUCCAGUUCCUUAGAGGAGCAUGAAAGCAGACUCACCAACGUUCUGACACGCCUCAGAGAAAACGGCCUGAAGUUGUCUCCAGAUAAGUGUCGCUUUUUUCAGACCUCUGUGCGAUACCUGGGACAUGUUGUCUCAAGGGAUGGAGUCCAUACUGAUCCUGACAAGAUAAGAGCUUUAACCACCUGGCCAGUGCCCAAAACUCUUAAG